UCCUCUGCUUCUUAGUUUCUCCUAUCCUUCCUCUCCUUUUCCUAGCUAGCCAUCAACUCAUAAUUUCUCAAAAAUUUGCUUUAAAAAAGAAACCCAAAAUGGUAGGAACAAACAGUUCUGAUCUUCCUCCGGGUUUUAGAUUCCAUCCAACUGACGAAGAAUUAAUCAUGUAUUACCUACGAAAUCAAGCUGUAUCAAAGCCUUGCCCCGUUUCAAUCAUCCCUGAAGUUGACAUUUAUAAGUUCGAUCCUUGGGAAUUGCCUGGUUAGUACUAAUUAGUAUCGUGUCACACUUGAAUAAUUUCUAGUCAUCAAAAACAACCCUUUUCAUUAUUUACGGUAUGUAUACAUACUAACAAUAUUUUGUUUUCAUUAAUGCAGAGAAAACCGAAUUCGGCGAAAAUGAAUGGUAUUUCUUCACUCCACGAGACAGAAAGUACCCGAAUGGAGUUCGUCCCAACAGAGCGGCUGUAUCAGGUUAUUGGAAGGCCACGGGAACAGAUAAAUCUAUUUACAGUGGAUCCAAAUAUGUUGGUGUGAAGAAAGCCCUUGUUUUCUACCAGGGAAGACCUCCAAAAGGUGUCAAAACUGAUUGGAUUAUGCAUGAGUAUCGAUUAAGUGAAUCAUCAAGAUCGCAAUCCAUCAAGCACCACAAUAAUUCCAUGCGGUUGGAUGAUUGGGUUCUUUGUAGAAUCUACAAAAAGAAGAAUUUGGGAAGAAGUAUGGAAAUCAAAGAGGAAGAUCAAUCACUAAGUACUGAGACAAUUGCUUCUGGAGACACAAUUGGCAGCCAUGAAUUGUCACAGAAAUUCCCUAGAAUUUGUUCCUUAUCCCAUCUAUGGGAAAUGGAGUAUAUGAACGCGACAAUUCCACAAAUCUUUGGCGAAAAUUCGUAUAUGGACCAAAACGUACUAAUCACAAACAAUGGGAAUGGGAAUCAGGGUUCGACAAGACAACAGCAAUUAGGGGAAGUUCCAUACCAUCAUAAUCAGUAUGGGAAUGGCAAUGGGCAUAAUAGCAUGAUGAUGAUGAACCAGCCGGUUUAUGCGAACCCGAUUUUUGAGUUCCAGUCUUGAUAGUAGCAGAAGAAGAAUAUUCACCAUUUUGUUUGAAAUUCAGGGAUUGGCCCAAUUUGCGGCUUGUGGGGUUGGUUCAUCGGGCUGCUUUAGCUUAGGGGGGAAGAUAAGGAUUCCAAAUUGUAAUUAAAAAUUUAAUUUUAAUUACCUAUCUAAUAAAUUUGUUAAAUAAAAUAUCUUCAUGUCCUUCCAAAACUUAUAUGAUCACUGCUUUAAGCAAAUCUGUGUGAUCAAGUAGGAAUAGUUUCCAAGUCACUCUGGCAUAAUGAGGAUUGCUAAAUUAUAGAGACAAUGAAUUAAUCAUGUGAAAAGGUUCAUAAACACAUGAGAAUAUAAAACUUUACAAGUGUGAAAUAUCAUAAACAGUGCCUUAAUUUGGU